GCCAGCACGCCAACGCAUCUCACUCUACCAUCGAAACCCAACUUAUGUGUGGGUUCCAGCUUCAGAUUUCACCCCGAAACCCACACAUCGGAAUCGCGAAUAAUAGACAAAAAAUGACAUCUCACCAUGCCCUCCGCCAGCAACCGCAACCGAGGUGACGACUCGCCAAGUUCUCCAGCGUCGCUCUCACUUUCACCCGAACUUUCGAAUACGCCUUCGCAACAGGCCGCCCUACCACACCCCAGCCUAGGAUUCAACACUGGCAUCCUCCCCGUCAUCCCCGACGGUGCCCCGACCCCAGACAAAGCCCCCACCACUAAUGCCGCAACGGGCGCCUCGGCCGCCGGCGUGCGCGCCUUGACUUCCCAGGCCGUGGCCUUCUAUUUCCGCGCACCAGUUAAAGCCUUCUUCCGCACGCGCGUCGACUACCUAGCAUAUGCGCGCGCACUCCAGGAGCAGGAACACGCCGCGAGAAGCCUACACCAAACCGCCGCUUCAUCUGCAUCCUCCCCUCCCAUAGCAUCCACAUUAUCAUCAGGGGCAACAUCAACAGCCCCGCCAACCCACAACCCCACCCCCACCACUACCACUACCACCACCCCCGCCGCCGCCCGAUGGGCCGACAGCACCCAGCGCUGGCUGCGCACGCGGCUGCGGUCCACCACGCCGGCGGUGCUGGCCUCGGCGGUGCGCCACUACGGGUGGCGGGUCGUGCCGGAGCAGAUCCUGCCGCCGCUCGUGGCCAACGUCGGCGUCGGCGCCGUGCUCUACACCAGCUACCUGCAGAUCCUCGGCCGCCUGCACCCCGAGAGCGCCCGCGCCACCAAGCGCGUCUACCCGCCGCCCGGGUUUGGCGACGCCUUCGCGGCCGGGUUCUUGGCGGGUGGGAUUCAGAGUGUGGUGGCUGCGCCGUUGGAUGCGGUGCAGGCGCGCUGGGAUGGGGUUACGGGUGGGCGGGUUGUGGGGGAUGGGGUGGGGAGGCCGAGGAGUAUGUGGGCGUUUAGCGCGGCUAAGUUGAGGGAGAUUGGGGUGCGGGGGGUGUUUUCCGGGUGGGGGCUGUCGUUUUUGAAGGAUAGCAUGGGCAGUGCGGUGUUCUUUAGCGUGUUUGAGUACGUCAAGGCGCAGGGGUACUACAACUUUGUGCGGUGGUACUACGGCUCGCUCAACGAGGACACCAUCGUGCUGCUGUCGCGCAAGAGGCCCGCGCCGGGGGAUGGGCCGCGCGUGUCGGAGGAGGAGGAACUCAAGAUGCCGACUAUCAUCCGCCCGCACUACGCCAUCGAGCCGGCCUUUUUGCUGCUCGCGGGCAUGGGCGCGUCCAUCAGCCAACAGGCCGUCCUGCACCCGCUGUCGCACGUCCAGGCCGAGCACUGGGAGCGGUUGGAGGCGCUGGAUGCUAAGGCCUCCAAGCUGCGGCGCGAGGUGAGGCUCCCGGACACCCCGCAUAAUCCAGCAUCGCGGUGGCGUAUGCUCAGGGCGUACCGUGAUGCCUAUCGGCUCACAUGGACAGAGUGCAUGGCCGAGGCCGAGGCGGCCGGUCUGGGGAUGCGCCAGUGGCUGUACCGGGGCUUCUGGUGGAACACGGUUCGGCAGGUGCCCAGCACCAGUGCUGGUCUCAUCAUCUUCGAGCUGGUGAGGCGCAAGUAUGGGUUUGGGGGAGACCAGGUGCGGAUCAACCGCGACGGUUAUGAUAUCCUGUUACAUUAGAUAGAUAGACAUUUGAGUUUGGGCGAGGCGUUGGGGCACUAGGUGGGAUAGAUUGGCGGAAGACGGCGUUGUGACCCUCCUCUCUGUAUACUCUCAUCGAGGGUCCAGGAUUCACUUUGUUAAGCAUCGUCGGAACGUGUAGCUUGUCGAGUGGGAGUGGCGAUUUACUUUACAGUAGACCUAUAUACCUAUAUACGUUCACACACUUUCGGGGUUACCGGACGAAAACGCCCAGCAGCUCGGUAGGUCCCUCCUUGGCGGCUUCGGAACUGCAAACUCCACACUACAUACCUAUAUAUAUAUAUACAUCUGCACUGAACCCCGUCGCUCGCUUCAAUCUUAACUUAACCAACCGCCCUGGCGGAUCAUUCAUGCAGCUCCAAGAAGAGACAGGCUUCGACAGCAAUGGCGACAUCCACAUCAAGCGAAACCAUGGCUUCAUCAACAGAUGGAACACC